UUAUUAAAAACUCUGCCGCAUUUGAGAUUUGAACCCACGACCAAUGAGUUGCUAGUCGCGACUCUUGCCUGCUCGGCCACUCAGGCGGAUAGUCAAUGAAAUUAAUUUAAUUUGAUUGCUUGAAAUCCACGAACAGUCUCUCACUUUUGGUGUUUUCAAUUGUAUUUUUGUAUCGUAUCUUCGGAGUUAAUUGCCAUACAUAGAGAGUUUCGAUAAGUUUAAUAAAUUUUUUAUUAUCUGAUAGUACCAAUCGUACCACUCCGACCUUUUUUUUUAAAUAAAUAGUUUUCAUCGAAAUUAAUUAUUUAAAUAUCUUUGUAAUUGUUUUAGCCUUUGUUUUGAAACGUGGCUUCUCUAUCCUGACCACAAAAUAAUAUUUAUUUGAAAUGAGUAAACCCUUGCAUAGACGACGUUGUUCUGAAAUUUAAAAAAAGUAGUUGAGCGGUUGUUAGUUCAUUUCAAUAAUUUUCUAAGCUUUCUAAGCAUAUUGAGGCGCGAAUUUUGUGAAAAGAGAUAAUUGCGCUAACAGUUCGCUUAUUUUAUUUGAAUUAUAUUGAUUGUUAGAUUGAUUGUUUGGUUGUUCGGACGCCGUCAGAUAUGUCGCCAGCAUCUAAUAUUUUGUGUGUGAUCUGUACCGAAAAUUUCGAAGCAUCGGACACGAUCUACAACACCAGCUGCGGCCACGUAUUCCAUGAGAAUUGCAUUAAACAUUGGCGUGGAAGAUCUACCGAAUGUCCGGUGUGCCGUGCUCGCUAUGCGAAUAUGCAAAAACUAUUCCUCAAUUUCGAUGAGAAUGCAGGCAGUGCAUCGGCGAUGGACGAAUUGCAAACUAAACUGGAAAGUUGUGAAAGCAACAUGGAUAAACUAUACAAGCAACUAAAUGAUGGGGAAGUUAAUUUUAUGCGACUACAGGGGCAGUACACCUUAGCUCUUGAAGAUAUUAAUCUCUUAAAUGGCCAGCUCUCUAAACGCAAUGACAGUGAGAAUAAUUUCAUGGCCUUACAAAAGCAAUAUACCGAAGCCGAGGAUAUUAUCAAAAAUUUGAAAGACAAAAACCAAUAUUUGUUGUUGCAAUGUGAAGAAAAAAACAAAGAAAUUCAACUAAAGACUUUAGAAAUUUCUACUCUUAAAGAUACUAUGGGGUGUAUGGAGACGUCAGUAGGUGGAUCGGAUUCGAUAUUAAAGCAACAAUUAAAAAUUAUGGAACAAAAGUUGAGGCACAUCACCGGAGAAUU